AUGAAAAAUGUCAAAAGCACGUUCAGUAAAUUAGGAGGAUUUGGAAGAAACUCUCAUCCAGAGCAAUUAUUGUUGGGUGUUGUUCUUGGUUAUGCAACCGGAUACGUGACUAUGAAAGUGGGAAGAAAAGCUGCAUUGGUUGUGGGUACGGGAGUUCUCGCCUUUCAAAUAGCUCAAAACUUUGGAUUUACGAAAAGCAAUUGGGACGAUGCGCGAAAUAAAGCAAAGGCGGUGCAAAGUAAAAUGGGGGCGGGAGGAUGUAGAUUUGAUAGGGACAAAUUUCGUCAAUUAAUUAAGAAAAAUACAUCCUUCGUUUCCAGUUUUGCAGGAGGUUUUUUGAUUGCUUUUGCUACCGUCUAA